UGCCGUUUCCAUAGCAUCCACGACCCAAGUAAGCGCCUGGUGACGGUGAGGGAUUUGCUCUAAUCCAUUCAAAUCCCAGAGAAAGUUGGCGAUUGAACCAACACCCUCUUGUUCUAACGCAAUUCUGUUACGCGCUGCUACUGUCCAAGGUGCUGAAUACGGUAUCCGCCAAUUUCCCAAUGCAAAGUAUUCCAAUGAUCGAUUGCGCCAGGUAGCUUUGUUUUGUCUCUGCUUGCGACUGAAAAGUCGUGCUUAUUUAGAUACUUUAUUAACCUUGAUCUACAGACUACAUCCGUGGAUUAUAUAUUUUUUUAAACAGCAACAAUACAUUUUCUGAUGCUGGAUCCCCUAAACAUCAUGGCAGUUUCUGAAUCUUCAGUGGCUGGACACGGGCAACCAAAUAAGACUGCCUCAUUUCCUCUUUGAACUUCGAAUCACAGCAGCAUAUCAGGUCUUAUGUAUGAGUCGUACGCUCCUCUGUAGCUUUAGAGCACUUGAUCGUUUCACCACGUUAAUUCUAAUGAACUGUCAUUAUCUCUAGCAUGACACUUUCAUAAGAGUUUCUGCCUGAUCACUUUCUGAGGGUAUGGAUACGGUUAAGGAACGGGUUUUUGCUCCUGGCAAAGAGGGGCUGAAAAAUUUUGCCGGGAAAUCUCUUGGUCACCUGUACAGAGUGUUGGAAAAGAGACAGCAACACGGGGAAAAUAUCGAGUUGACUGAGGAUGGAAAGGUACAGAAUGUCCGCCCCAAGAAGCCGCCUCUCUGCGAUUGCACCUGUUUCGGGUUACCUCGCAGGUACAUCAUCGCCAUCAUGAGUGGUCUCGGCUUCUGCAUCUCCUUUGGCAUCAGGUGUAACCUUGGCGUGGCCAUCGUGGACAUGGUCAACAACAGUACGAUACACCACGGGAAUACAAUCAUUAAAAAGAAAGCGACGUUUAACUGGGAUCCCGAGACUGUUGGAAUGAUCCACGGGUCCUUUUUCUGGGGGUAUAUCGUAACUCAGAUUCCUGGAGGCUAUAUAGCAUCAAGAUUGGCAGCAAACAGAGUAUUUGGCGCUGCCAUCUUCCUCACCUCCUCCCUAAAUAUGCUCAUCCCGUCCGCCGCCAAAGUCCACUAUGGUUUCGUGAUAUUCGUCAGGAUUCUGCAGGGCUUGGUGGAGGGAGUCACAUACCCAGCCUGUCAUGGCAUAUGGAGUAAAUGGGCUCCGCCACUGGAGAGAAGCAGGCUAGCAACCACUUCAUUUUGUGGUUCUUAUGCUGGAGCUGUUAUUGCUAUGCCUUUAGCUGGGAUUCUUGUGCAAUACACUGGAUGGCCUUCUGUGUUUUAUGUGUAUGGGUCUUUUGGAAUUUUGUGGUAUAUGUUUUGGGUCCUGAUAUCCUAUGAAAGUCCUGCAGCACAUCCAACAAUAACAGAUGAGGAGCGCACCUACAUUGAAGAGAGCAUUGGUGAAAGUGCCAAUCUAAUUGGAGGAAUAGAUAAAUUCAAGACACCAUGGAGAAAGUUCUUUACCUCCCUGCCAGUCUAUGCAAUAAUUGUGGCAAACUUCUGUAGAAGCUGGACUUUCUACUUGCUGCUGAUUAGCCAACCUGCCUACUUCGAAGAAGUAUUUGGAUUUGAAAUCAGCAAGGUCGGUAUGCUGUCAGCUUUGCCCCAUCUCGUCAUGACAAUUAUUGUACCUAUUGGUGGGCAGAUUGCGGACUACCUCAGAAGUAAGAGGAUACUUUCAACUACAAUGGUCAGAAAGAUAAUGAAUUGUGGAGGGUUUGGUUUGGAAGCGACCUUUCUUCUUGUGGUAGGCUACUCACAUAGCAAAGGGGUUGCGAUUUCAUUCCUUGUCAUGGCCGUUGGCUUCAGUGGCUUUGCUAUAUCAGGUUUCAAUGUUAACCAUCUGGAUAUAGCACCUAGAUAUGCCAGUAUUCUCAUGGGAAUUUCCAAUGGUGUGGGGACAUUAUCUGGAAUGGUGUGCCCUCUGAUUGUUGGGGCCAUGACCAAAAACAAGAGUCAGAAAGAGUGGCAGUAUGUAUUUCUAAUUGCGGCACUUGUCCACUAUGGAGGAGUCAUAUUUUAUGCAUUAUUUGCAUCGGGUGAGAAACAACCUUGGGCAGACCCUGAACAGACAAGUGAAGAAAAAUGUGGUUUUAUACAUGAAGAUGAACUGGCAGAAGAAACCGGUGACAUUACUCAGAAUUAUGGUACUACAAAGUCUUACGGGGCCACCACUUGUGGCAAUGGUGGUUGGCCUAAUGGAUGGGAAAAGAAGGAAGAAUUUGUACAAGAGGAUGUGAAAGAUUCUUACUACUGUAAAGGCCAAGAAGGAGACUAUUCAUAACAGGGAAAUAAACAAAAAAAAAGGUCUAUUCGAUAUUUUGUAUUGUGUCUAAGAUUCAUUGUGAUUGUUUGCACAGAAUACUGUGGUGUGAAUGUCCACACGUAAGAAUGACAAUUGUUAACUGUGUACAAUUUAACAAAGCAGCAUUUGAGUGCAAUCUGUAUAAAAUGGUGACGUGCAUCAUUUCAAUCCAGGCUUUGCCAUUUUUAGAAGGACUUGGGCUUCUUCAGGAUCUGCUGGUUGGCCAGCAAACUGCCAGGAAAUUUAGUGGGGAUAUCCAAAAUGACUUAUCCAUUCAAAUGGAAAGACUUGCAGCUUAACUGGAUAUCCGUUCAAAUAAAAUAAAUCCUAAUGUGAGUGUUUAGAUGAAUGUCUAGUAAUGAAUUGUAUUGUUGAGUUUUAGAUAUUAAAGUAAAUCUUACAUAAUUUCAGUGGAUCCAAGCCAAAGUUUAAUGCAUAUUAUAUGAAUAUUUAGAUACUUGGUUCAAAAAAACUCAAAAAUUAGUAAAUUUAAACUCUAUAUUCAAAAUAUGCAUUUUCCUUAAAUGAGCAUUUUUAUCUGUGAAAACCCAUUGAAUUAAUAUGUUUUCAUCCUGGUUAGAUGUUUUAUAAAAAUGCACGUGUCAUUAUGUCCAUGUUAGAUGUGUAGUGAAAUUACAUUCAGUUUACCACCAAACCAAACAAAUGGUUAUACAAGUCUCGCCAUUACCAUGAACAAAGUAUGCAAAGACAAAAAGUUGUAAAGCACACAUAAUGAGAUAAAUUUAUCUAUUGAUAUUCUAGAUAAGUAAAUAGCUUUUAUAAAUGGAAAAAAAAAUCACAUAUUUAUGAUUCAUCUGUACUUGAAUAUAAUUAGCACUUAAAAGUUAGAGGUUAUUUAUCAGAUAAAGAAGUUAAAGCUUUGCAAAAUUUUAAUUUACUGUAAAAAAAAACUCUUCUAGCAAAAUCUACCAAAACCCCAGAUGUAGGACCUGCAUCUGAAUAUUUGACUAAAGAGCAGAGAAUAAAAAAGGACAGAAUCAGAGUCUUCAUUGAAAAUAAAAGGAAGCAUGCCUCAUCAGAUUCAGAAUUAGUAUCAGGCAAUGUCAUUUUGGCUAAACCCAUUUCCUCUCCAUAUUACUGGAUUCAGCAAAGACUGCAGUAUUUGUGUACAAAGCAAUAAACCCACAUAAUCAACUGCAUUGUCUUGUACUAUGUGCUCCACUACUGUAGUUUGAUAUAGCUUUUGGUUGUAGGUAAUUACUACGCUGGAUUCAUCAGCACCUCGUUCACUUGAGUUACUUCAUUCUCUAGACUAAAAUUCUGCUCCACAGAUGAUGACAGUCCUACUCAUUAAUGGUACAGUUCGAGAUGUAUCAACCAUUUGCUGCUGUGCUGUAUGUUCCAGAUGGUGCAGGGGAUGGGUUUUUUUUCUGUUUGUUGGCUAUACCGUACUAGUGGAUGGAGGCUGUUUUAGUGUCCGUUGUCCCAGUAUACAAGUCAGGAAUGGCUUCUGUUACUAAUGAGGGAAACCUACUUGAUCUGAAGGUAUUGCCCUUGCUUUGUGCCUCAAAGUGAUGUGUAAUGUGAUCAUGCCAUUGCUGUGUACUUUGGAAAGAUGUGGACUGUAUCACUUUGUUGCUGCAAGAAGUGUUAAUAAAAAUCUCUAUCUAUAC